GUCCUGACAUCUAGAUGGGAACACCACAGAAGUAAAUAUUACAACAGCCACUUCGGGCAAACAAUGUAUGGCUAUGCACCUUAUGGAUUCUUCAAGAAAAUCGGCAUCCGUGGACCAAAGCCUUUACCCUUCAUCGGAACAUUUCUGGAGUACAAAAAGGGAGUCCAUGUGUUUGAUACAGAAUGCUUCCAGAAGUAUGGAAGGAUAUGGGGGUUCUACGAUGGAAGACAGCCAGUAAUGGGUGUCAUGGACCCUGCCAUGAUCAAAGCCAUCCUGGUGAAGGAAUGUUACUCUAUCUUUACCAAUACAAGGGACAUCGGACUGAACGGGCCAUUGAAAGAUGCAGUGUCAAUUGUUGAGGACUAUGAAUGGAAGAGGAUUCGCAGUGUCCUCUCACCCUCGUUUACCAGUGGACGCCUCAAAGAGAUGUUCAGCAUAAUGAAGCAACAUUCUGGCAACCUGAUAAAGAGUCUACAGAAGAAGGUGGAUCUGGAGAGGCCCUUGAAGUUAAAGAAAUAUUUUGGACCUUACAGUAUGGAUGUUGUCACCAGCACUGCUUUCAGUGUGGACAUUGAUUCCAUCAACAAUGCCAGUGAUCCUUUUGUCACCCACAUAAAGAAAAUGAUCAAUUUCAAUUUCUUCCACCCACUCCUGGUACUUGUUGUUGAGCACUCCUUCCUCUCUCCAGUAUUAUUUCCAUUUCUAGGGCCGAAAUUUGAGAAGUUUGAGUUUUCCUUCUUCCCUGCUGAUGUCAUGGACUUCUUCUACAAUUUCUUAAAGCAGAUUAAAGCAGAACGAAGCAAGAAUGUCCACAAUAGUCGUGUGGACUUCAUGCAGCUCAUGGUGGACUCCCAGAUUCCAGAUCAGACCACAGCAGAUCACAACUCACAGAAAGGGCUGACAGACGAUGAGAUCCUAUCUCAGGCUAUGAUCUUCAUCUUUGCGGGUUACGAGACCAGCAGCAGUACUCUGUGCUUCCUAGCCUACAACCUGGCAAUCAACCCUGACAUCCAGACUACCUUGCAGGAGGAAAUUGACCAGACCUUCCCCAACAAGGCUGAGUUGACCUAUGAGAGCAUCGUGCAGAUGGAGUAUCUAGAUAUGGUUCUGAAUGAGUCCCAGCGUCUCUUUCCCAUCGCCAACCGUAUGGAGAGAAUGGCGAAGAAAACGGUGGAACUGAAUGGUGUGACCAUCCCCAAAGGAACCGCAAUCUUGAUCCCAAUCUACACUCUCCACCGUGACCCUGCACUCUGGCCAGACCCUGAGGUCUUCAAACCUGAGAGGUUCAGUAAGGAAAACAAAGAUGACUUUGAUCCAUACACCUAUCUACCUUUUGGAGCUGGUCCCAGGAACUGCAUUGGCAUGAGAUUUGCUUUGUUAUUGAUGAAGCGCAUUGUGGAGAUCCUCAGAGACUUCACCUUUGUCACCUGCAAAGAAACUGAGGUGCCUCUUGAACUGGGAACUGAAGUUUUCAUUUCUCCCAAGAACCCCAUUAGGCUGCAACUUGUUCCUCGUGUAUGAGCUCUACACACAAAUCAAGUGUCACAAUCACAUUAUUAUUCACUUGUUGUAUUCUAUUAAUACAAUUAAAUGAGAGAACAAUUGAAAAUGAUUGUUAUUAAAGCCAAUCCCCUUUGUACAUUCAAAUCCCCCAAAAAACUAGUGACAAGUGCAUCUAUAAACAACAUCAAAAAGGUACAGAUACAGAAAGACAUUGCUGCAGCUCUGAUCAAUAACCAAGAUUGGCGCAUCUUUAUCAUCUACUUGGUAGUGGAGGGGUGAAGGAGUUUUUGUGAUGAAUGUGGCCCAUAUUUACGAUCCACUGAAUUAUCUUCAGAUAUCUGUAACAUUCAUCUACAAAAAGCUCAUGUUAGUUCUCGGCAGUAUACUAGCCAGCAGUGCUUUCCAGUCAAUUUUAGAGUAAGUUACUGUAGAAACCCUAUCCUUAAAGACCUAACAUAAAUGCAGUAUGAUCAUUGUCGGAAUUGGUCAAACUGGUUGGAAUAAAACGCAGAUCUUCAUCUCCUUAAGUACAUUAGUCAUAGUUUGAAUCUAUAUACUGUGCACAAUGAGUGCUGCUAUGUGCUUUUUUAAAGUGUUUUUCUGACAGUCUAGAAGUUGUGUACACAUCGGUAUUUGUACAUUAACUGAAACAGAUUAAAGGUUGGAGGUACAAUGCACUCUGAAAAGAGCUCCACCUCCAGUUCACCAGACAAGCAGGAAUAACAACCUAUGAAACUCAACAGUGAACAGAAACGACCCCAUUAGAAGCUGUUACUGCAACAGAAUAAUCAUAGGCCUACAUCUGAAAUUAAAUAUCAACCGAUUCAAAUGUAAAACCUUUGGUCUAAUUUGAAUAUUAUUUCCUGUUGAUGCAUCUAAUUUCAAUAAAAACU